AUGCAGGGAAGAGGAGUGAAAGUGGAAGAGGUUGGCCAGGCAGUCAUCAGAUACGCCAAUGGAGACGUAUAUGCAGGCCAGGUCAAGGAUGGGCUACCCUCGGGCCAUGGCGUUCGCAAAACAGGACACUUUGGGUCACAGGCGGCCUCCGUCUACACUGGGGAAUGGAGCCAGGGUGUGAGGGCAGGCUAUGGGGUCUUGGAUGACAUUGUCAGAGGUGAGAAGUACAUGGGCCUGUGGCAGGCAGACCUCCGGCAGGGGCCAGGUAUGGUUGUCACCAUGAAUGGUGUCUACUAUGAGGGCAGCUUCCAUGCCAACAAGCUCACGGUCAGUGCUUUUUUAGAUGAGGUACUUGAACUGGUCAUUGUCACUUUAGGGAGUAAUUGUGUGGGUGUGAGUUCGCACUGGUAUGGCUGGGUGAUGGAGAUGAAGUGGAGAUCACCGGGGGAGCUGGAAAUGUUCCCUAGUCGGCUAAGGACAAGGCAGUCCUUGUGA